GCGGUGAGUCGGGGGGGGGGGGGUCAGUGAAACCUCACACAACGAGUCUUACUGCUGCGGAGUAAACACACACACACACACACACACACACAACAACCAACUCCACACAAAGUUGUCCUUCGGUCUGCGGUGAAGUUGUUGGAGGUAAACAAGGUGUUUAACAUCUUCUUCAGCGACACUCCCCCCCUCCUGCUCCUUCCUCCCAGCCCUUUGACUCCACCUCCUUCGCGAUGUCAUCUCAGGCCACGCCCAUCCAGGGAUCUCACCCCAUGACCCCCCCGCUGACCUCUGCAGGAUCCCCACGUUCCCCGGUGUCUCCAGAGUCCCUGCUUCCCCCGUCCUGCAGACAAAGGGACCGCUCACCUUCCCCCCUGAGAGGCUACCUCAUCCCCAGCCCGCUGCCCACGCGCAGAAACCGGACCUGCUCGGCGACUGCUCGUGCGUCAGAGGGUCCGGCGUUUACUGGCGUGUGUAAGUGCUUCUCCCGAUCAAAGGGCCACGGCUUCAUCACGCCGUCCGACGGGGGCAGCGACAUCUUCGUCCACAUCUCAGACAUCGACGGCGAGUACGUGCCGAUGGAAGGCGACGAGGUGAGCUACAAAAUCUGCUCCAUCCCUCCCAAGCAGGAGAAAAUCCAGGCGGUGGAUGUGACCAUAACCCACCUCAAACCGGGGACCAAGCACGAGACCUGGGCAGGACGCAUCGUCAGCAGCUGAGCGCUGUCCCUCGCCGGGGGGAGGGGGGGGGGAAGGGAGUUUUGGUAUCGGAGUAGUAGGAUGAGGAGGGUUGAAUUUGAGGGUCAUUUGUGUGCAAAGGAGACGUGACAUGAUGAAUCAUCUCAUAGUUGACUUAUGUGAACAUUUUAUGGGGGGGGGGGGGGUGGUGGUCUUCCUCUGUUUUACCUGGGAAGUGAGUAUACUUUGGGAGAACUGCUAAAUGAAUAGAUAUAUGAUUACUGGGGAACGUUUAUCAUAGAAGACGUAACAUUAGGUUUCCUUGAUUUCAGCUCCCUGGAACGUCUUCUUUAGGAGUCUUGCUUCUUCCAGGUGUUUGUGCCUCCUCAUCCUGACCGCUCGUCUGUAUUGCAUCAUGUGUGGGCGGCUGUACGAGUUAAUUAAAAGCUUUUUCAAUCGGUA